GGUUUUGAUUUUAUUUUUCACGGCUGGCGCGGAGCUCGCGGAGCCAUCGUUUUGUUGGACGGUGGUGGUGCUGGUGGUGGUGCUGGAAACGGCGCUCGCACACGGAUCGAGUUGAAGCGUGCACAUUGUUUAGGGGUGUGGCGGUCAAACUUGUGUCUGGUCAUCAUGUUGGAUGCAGACGUGAAGCAAUUGCUGGAGAAGCUGCGCUCGCAGGCAGUGAAGGCAACUGAACAGCAUAGCUCGCUCGCAGUCUCGGUGGCCCACCUCUCCGCGGCCCCCCAAGUCAAUGAUGCCAAGGCUGGGCGGCUUCAGGCCAUGCUUGACGAUGUCGGCGCUCGCACAGACAUGGAGGCAUUCUCGGCCGACUAUAUCCAGUCUCGCCUAAAUUUUCAACCAGGACAAACGGAGGACAUCCACGGUUUCCUGCUUAAUGCGCCCCCUCGCCCUGCAGCUGACGUGGCUGCCAGCCCAAUGGUUCAAGAGGAUGAGAGUACGCCCAUGCGCCUCAAGCUCAAGCUCAAACCUGAUGAGAGUGCAAAACGACCUUCCAGCGCUCCGUCAACCGGCAUGGUGGGCAAGAUCAUGCUCAAGCGCACCAAGCGCUAACCACCCACCAAGCUCAUGCAAGGCCGUCUUUUUUGGUGCUGUGCACCUCUGUCUUUCCAUUCGUGCUCUAUUUCUUCGCCUUCUCCUUGAACACCUUCUCUGGCAAAUUACCCCCAAAAUUCAAAUUUGCAUGUUU